GAUGAAUCUUGGGCAGGUGAUGCAUGAUGAUCAUGGAUAUACUACUACCGGUAUUAUGUGUUAGUUUCGGUGGUGGGCCCAGGUUUAUCUUCCCGGAUGCUUAACACCUCGGUCCUACCCAUUCUGCAUGGGCUUGGUAACUUCUGUUUUGGCAACUCAAUUAUUCUGUAGUAUUGUUUAGAUUUGGAACGCCAUGGAGAGAGUUGCUUCAAUUCAAAGGAACUGGUGCUCUGAGAGCUGCCUGGUUUGGGGCAUAAUCUUGAAUCAAGGUCUAUGGCUUGGCUUGACAAGGGUAGUAGAGUACAAGGUUGUCAACCUCAAACGAGACCCUUUCUUCUCUCGCCCAGCUACAGUGUUUUGAGAGUCGCCCCUUGUGAACCGGGUCACUCCGAUGCCUUCCCCGCCGGCGAGGUCGGCUGGUGGCGGCUAGGAGGCGACGCCGGAGACCCUGUAUAUAGUAGUUUUAGACGUAGUUCUAGAGUUCGGCCUCGUGCUGGUAGUCGGCGUUCUGCCGGGAGGAUGGUGCUGGCUCUCUCUGGCCAGAUCUGGCGCCGGCCGGUUGAUCUCCUUUUCGUUGCGGUGCUCCUGUGGAAGGAGCCGGAAGUGGCGUGGAAGGGAGUUCCGGCCUACUCCAAAAAUAAGGCAUGUCCUGUUGGUUUCUCAGAUUUGCUGGCCGACUCGGUGUGUCCGCCUUCUUCUAGCCGCCGUGGUGACGGGAAGAGUGGGUGGAGGGCCAAUGUUGCGUGCGGUGAAUUUGUGAAGCUACAGGGAGAUCGUGAUGCUGCAGAUUCGUGGAGAUCAACCUCGGUUGCCCAGGUUUGGCUUCCGACUCAAUAUGGCGCAGGGCGUCAAUCUGGAGUUUACUACAUGGUGGCCAAGCUUGCCACCAUGAUCUCAGGCCUAAGGGGAGGCCACUCCAAGCGCUGCUUCAUCAGCGUUCUUUCAACCUCCACAGUGGAGGCUCUUCCUGGUGAUUCUGGCUGGAGCUUCUCAUCUUCUGAUUGCCAAGUGGUCAGUCCCCGGCAAUGGGAAGGUGACCAGCAAUGGAGUCACGCCGUCGGUGGAGAAGACCAGGGACUGGAUUGCUUUUCAUUUUCUGUUUCCAGGAUCCUUUAUGUAAAAUUUCAGGACUGCUUUCUAUUUUUAGUCUUUCAGGGUCCUGCUUGUAAACUGUACCCACCGCCUAUGUAUUAAUGCAGCAUUCCGGGUCUUUCUAGACCCCAUCCCUGUUAAAAAAAAAGGUCUAUGGCUUGCACUGACACACUUCCAGUGAUUCAAUACAAGCGACAUUACGUA